GCAUUGCCAAAAGAGAUCAGGCAAUCCCCUACAUUAUCCAAUUUCCAUAAGGAACUGAAGACCUGGUGGUGUCGGCAGGUUUUUGAGUAAUUAUAUUGGACUACCGCCGAUUUCUGAGCCUGAAUAUAUUGCAUAAGAUUUCCCUAGCCUAAAAUGAUACAUUUUAAUAUAUUGGGUUUAUGGUUCCCGUCCCCUUGAUCUGGUCAUGCAUGCGAAGCUGCAAAAUGGUCCGAGUGGUGAGCGUCCUGGGUCUGGUGAUGCUGAGCGUGGCUCUCCUGAUCCUGUCCUUCAUCAGCUACGUCUCCCUGAAAAAAGACAACAUCUUCACCACUCCCAAAUAUGCCAACACGGGGGUGCCCAGGAUGUAUAUGUUCCACGCUGGAUUCAGGUCCCAGUUUGCACUGAAGUUCCUUGAUCCUUCAUUUGUACCCAAUACAAACUCCUUGAACCAUGAAUUACAGGAUAAAUCUCCCAAAUGGAUAUUCAACAGAACAGCAUUCUUGCAACAAAGGCGAGAAAUACUGCAGCAUGUUGACGUGAUCAAAAACUUUUCUUUGACAAAGAAUAUGGUUCGGAUUGGACAACUGAUGCAUUAUGAUUAUUCCAGCCAUAAGUAUGUUUUCUCCAUUAGUAAUAGUUUCCGGAUGUUACUCCCAGAUGUCUCGCCAAUCCAAAACAAGCACUAUAAUAUUUGCGCCGUUGUCGGAAACAGUGGGAUCCUGGUCGGCAGUCAGUGUGGGCAGGAAAUAGAUAAAUAUGAUUUUGUUUUCCGUUGUAAUUUUGCCCCAACGGAGGCAUUCCACAAAGAUGUUGGGAGGAAAACCAACAUUACCACAUUCAAUCCUAGCAUUCUGGAGAAGUAUUACAACAACCUUUUGACCAUUCAAGAUCGCAAUAACUUUUUUCUAAGCUUGAAGAAGCUUGAUGGAGCCAUCCUCUGGAUCCCAGCCUUUUUCUUCCACACAUCAGCAACCAUUACAAGAACAUUGGUUGACUUCUUUAUUGAGCAUCGAGCGCAGUUAAAAGUCCAGCUGGCUUGGCCUGGAAAUAUCAUGCAACAUGUUAACAGAUAUUGGAAGAACAAGCACCUGGCCCCCAAGCGACUCAGCACAGGGAUCCUCAUGUAUACCUUAGCCUCGGCCAUUUGUGAUGAAAUCCACCUGUAUGGAUUCUGGCCCUUUGGGUUUAAUCCAAAUAACCGAGAAGACCUUCCAUAUCAUUACUUUGACAAGAAAGGAACAAAGUUUACCACCAAAUGGCAGGAGUCCCAUCAGCUCCCUGCCGAAUUCCAGCAGUUGUUUCGAAUGCAUAGCGAAGGUCUAGCAAAGCUGACUCUGUCCCACUGUGCCUAAGAAUUGAACUUUUGAAGUGCCAAAUGAUUGUUGUUGCUAUUUUUCUGUUUUUUUUAAAAAGUGCCCAAAAUGAAUUUACUGUUUUUCAAAACAGAGAUCUAAGAGGAAAAAAAGUAUUAAGAAAAAGGAUUCUUUUAAUUCAGAGGUGCAUCAAGACCACCCUUUUAUUGCUCACUUUCCUAGGCGUAGGAAGGCAACGGAAGCAUAUUUAGGUCUGCAGAAGCAGUUCUGUUUUUCAUACAGAAGGAAAGUCAAAACUGUUUAGGGCAGAGGGUUUUUUCAAUUUCUAGGUCUGCUGCCAAGAAUGUUCUCCUGAAAGUAUUUUCAUAGUCAUUGAGAUUUCACUUUUUGCCAGGCGUCUCAAAAUAUCCACUGCUAGAAUUCCUGUGCUUGCUUAUUUGGACUUGUUUGCUAUCUCGGCUAUUUUGUACUGCUGCCAUUGAGUUGUUCUUUCAUGGUCAAUUUGGAAACUGUUCCUGGUGUUCUACAAAAAGAUGACUUGCCACCCGUAUUAGGUGAAUCUUUCGAUGGAAGUGGCUGUUGAAUUCUUCCCAAGUCAAACUCAAUGGAAACUGAAAGGUAUUUUCUGUGCAUGCUGACCUUGAUUGAAGAAAUGGAGCAUGGGAUAUCCACAAGAUGCAUUCGGGCCAUUUCACCUCCUCAGAUACCUCAAUAUUCUCCUCUCUUCACCUUGUCCAAGAUGUUGAAAAUAUGUUGCAAAUACUUAUCUGACAAAUGAGGAUGUAAUAUUUGAACUACAACCCCAGAAUCCCCCAAAUAGCAUGGUCAAGCUCUGAUAGCUACCAUUCUUCUGUGGACAGCUCUGUACAUAGAUCAGUGGUGGCCACACAAAUCUUCAAAGCUAUUGCCUUGAAUCCUCCUGUCAGUCCCCAAAAAGUAGACCCAUUGAAUCAGUGAGGUAUACUUAAGUAUUACCUCACCAUUCAACAAUUAAGAUAUCCAGGCCAUUUUCUCCAUCUGUGGUAUCUAUUUGCCCCAGGCUUGAUACUGUUAACAGGUCAGACCCAUUUCACUCCCAAUAGAGUGCAUUGGACAAAGAAAAUAUGAAAGCGAUCCCAUUGAACCUAAGCUACUACACCACAACUUCCAUCAUCUUUGGUUAUGCUAGCUAAAACUUACAGGAGCUGCAAUCCAAUGAUAUCUGAAGAUGUAGAUGCAGCCUGCAGCCAGUAGAUCAGCACAAUUGGUCAGGAUUGGUGGUAUUUGCAUGGAAUAGGUUGAAACCACUCCUAAUCUUCCCUGAUCCCAUAGCCAAGGUCCUAUUUUCAUGCUGUCAGUAGGUUAGACUUUCCUUUCCCUCCUAAUCCUGGCUGAGAUUGCUACCUGAGAUUACUGGCAAAACACAGCCAUCUCAGUGAGGAAUCACUGGAAGGGGGAGACAAAAGAUCUCUUCCCAUCACCCAACAACAUUGGCAACAAACCCACUGAGGGAUGGAAAUGAUUUCAUCAUCAUCAACAUCAACAUAAUCAUUUUCUUGCCUUUUCCCAAUUUGGGGCCCUAGGCAGUUUGUGAUAGAUUAAAAAAACAGUUAAAAUUCACAACAUAUAAAAGUUUAAAAGUGAUUAAACUAGCAAAAUAUCUAAAAACAGUUUAUUAUUCACCGAUGUGUAUUGUGCACCAAUGUGCAUUGCACACUUUGCUGGCUCUGCUAUGUAGUAAUGUAACAACAGCCCUCUACUGGAUAAAAAUGUUAAUCAACUGCACAGUUUUAAUUCACACAGAUGUAAGUCUAUCAACAAGGAUGUAAGGCUCCAACAGGAUUCCAGUGCCUUCAUUUAAGGUCCUUUGCUGAUAAAUAUCCCAUUGUCAUGAAUGGUCUUGUACCACUAGAACACUUAAUGGAUCAAAGCUAUUCCUUUGGUAUUACAGUCAUUUUUGUUAUGUUUUGACUUCAAGCUUUGGUAUUAGGAAUUUAUGGUUUGGAAGCUCAAUUGAUAUUAACUAAUUUGUUUUAGGUGGACAAUUCCUAUUUGUAAUGGCCACAUUUUUCAUCUCUCCAUCUCUAUACAAACAGCUGGCAGCAAAUUCCACCAAAGAGCCAACUAUGAAUAUAUCGAACUAGUAAUAUCAUUGACAUCAGUGAAUAUUCUAUGCUGCUUUGUGGACUGGUAGUUAGAGAUCAAUGUGAUGUCAGGCAUAGUUUUGGAUACAUUUGUAUCUUUGGUGGAAGAAGAUAGGCAGAAUGACAUGGAAAUUUAGUUGCUAGUAUUUGUGAAGAUGGGAUGAUAAUAAUGUCUCAUGAAGUUAUCAGCUUCAGUUGUAUUUUUAAAAAACAGAAAAAGCAGUGAUCCAGGAGUUUAGACUCCAAAAACUAACUCUCAGAUUAAGAAUUUAAACAAAAGCCAGUUUAUUAUAUUUGAAUACAUUUAAGACCUGGUGAGCCUUUAAUUGUAGACAUAUCAUUGAAUUAAUAGGAAAAAUGGGGAAAAAAUCAAAUUUAUGAUAUCCAAAGCCCAUUGUGCUUUCUAGAGGAUAGAUCUAUUUCCUAUGACAAGACACUCUGCUGCUUUAUGUGAUUGCAUUGCAGAUAUCAUCAAAUCACAAAGCUGAUCUAAAAUGAGGUGAGGCUCAUGUGCCCCUCCAUAAUUUUCUCUUUGGGUUGCAAAAAAAAUCAGCACCAGCCAGUCUACCCAAUGAAGAAGAAUGCUGGAAGUUGCAGUUCGGACUUCUGGAGGGCUUAUUCCUAUGAUGAUUAGGGAACAAUCCCACGAAUGGUGCCCAUUAAACCAUUGGAUGGUCUUCACCUUUUUGGUCCAAGUUUCAUCUCUAACAAUGGAGUGGUGGUAAAUUUUGAAGUUUGAAGUCUUCUGCAGAGAGAAAGCAGAAAUGCAAGGAGCUGAUCCAGGAUCCAUAUUCACAAGCCAGGACUAGAGUUUUCCACUUCCUCCAGAAGAUCAGAAGAAACAAGGAAGUUUAAUCAUUUGGCAGGUGACAUCUUGUUCCUACUAAUCAAAACAUCCUGUCACCUCAGAUCCAUGAUCCUGGGCUCCAUGGCAUCACUGCUUUCUGAAGAUAGAGAAGGUGGACCAUCGCUGGAGGCAAUGGUAGAAAACUUCCACCAUGACUACUCUGCCAUGAUUUUUUCAACAGCAGAAAGAAGAAAAUAAGCAUAUCAGAAGUUGAGAAGGGGAGGCCUAGGAUCUACAGUGUCAAUAAAAUCUCCUUCAUUUGAUUGACACUGAUCCCCCCCUCAUUUAUGAAAUGGCAAAAAGAUAUGCCAGCCCUAAAAGUGGCAUAUGUAUUUUGGUCCUACCAAAGCUAUUGUGAAGGAACUUUUUAAAAGGCCCAACCGUCAAGAAAACAAGAAAAAAUGUUGUCUCUGCUCACCACUGACCAUUGAGUAGGUAGUCACUUUUCAUAUGAUCACCCCAUUAUUUAAUGGAACAACCUGAAGUAUAUAAACUUUUUAUCAUGAGCCACCUCAGUGACUUCGGUAGAAAUCCACCCAAGAUGGUGAUGGACAUGAAAGGGAGAAAGAGAGAUUCCAAUAGUAAAUCAAAUAAUUCACACAUUAGAAAUAGAAAUUCAGAAAGCUAUUGAGCAAGAAAGGGUCACAGGAUAGCAAUCGAUUUUCAUGUGGAAUUCGUCAUUGAUAUUUCAUAACCUCAUUGACUAUUUUCAGCCAUAGCUUUCACCAGGGGAUCCUGCUUCAAAAUCAAUAGCCCAAGAUCACCCAAUGUAAAUCACAUUCUGUUCAAAAAAGUAUCGAUACUCAUAAUUUGGUUACAGACGUCACACACCUGAGAGCAAAGGGCAUAUUUUGCAAUGUGCUCUUUUAUAUAAAAAAAUGCUUUUAUCUGAAAAACUGGGUUUGAUCAAUUGUUAGGCAAAACAGAAAAGAGCACAAAACCUCUUGGCUUCACUUUUCACUGGAAAUCAAUUCUAGGACUACCAUUGUGUUUGCCCGAAGCAACUCUGCUGUGGAGUCCAAGAGAGGCUAUUCAACAGUAGCUUAAAUGCCUGAAUAUCAUAGACCACAGAAUGGCACAGAACACUCAUGCAACAUUAGUUUUCAGAUGAAUUAAACUCUGCUAGGAUAGACAUAGCUUCUCAAAUAGAAUGGAAUAGAUGAAUAGAUUCAAGUGAUAGACAGCAGCAGAAAUAUCACAUGAUACAAUGCAAGGUUUCAGUGUGCUGCCCAUCAAAGUAAUAUUAACCCUCUUCCACCAGGAUUUAAAAUAGAAAACCCUCAGAACUCCAAUGCAUUAAAGGUUAACAUGAAGGUAAGAUUAGGGUUAGGGCUGGGAAUGAGAACACCAAUGUUACAUCUCUCUUGGGGAAAAAUUAUUUCCCUUGAAUGAAGUCAACCUACUCACAACUAGAACAUAUCACUUCUGCUUUACUGUAUCAUGGUUUGCCAUAAAAUGUGAACAUUUCUCCUCUCUGCCCCCCUACCCACCAUCCAAAAAUUGUAAUGGCUGGAUAAAAAGGUAUCCCCAAUGACAAAAUAGAGUAGAUAUGUUUGAGAAUAUUUUUCUCCUGGCAUUCUUUCUUGGGUUUUUUUUCAAAAGGAACUGCAUGUGGCACAUGAAAUGUGGGGAUAUCAUUUACAACUAUUCAUGUGACAAAGCUGCAGAAUUAGAUGUACUUUUGUGUGGAUUCUGCAGCAAAAACAUGACUUUGGAGGGCUAAAAUGUCCCAUCCUGGUGCAUGAGGAUUAAUCCACUCAUCCAGGGAUCCCUGGACAUCAUUGCCCCAAACAAGCUACCUGUUCUUAGCACAAGUGCUCUUAUAUGUGUGCAACGCUUUCCCAUUGGGAAUAAUUGCCGUGUUCCAUUUGCUUCAGAUGAGGACAUUUUCUAUGUGAGCAAAAGAUUACUGUGCACAUCUUAGUAUAUAGCCCUUUAGCUUGGGAUCUUGACAUCUUUGUUAUUCUUCACAGUAUCAUGCAUGAAGAUCUAUCUCAUAUUCAAUGAAGUUAAUUGAAAAGCUUUGAACUGGUGGUGAAAGGAAGCAUGCACCCAUAUUUACAUGAUCAAUGUGCAUGCAUAUCCCAUCUUCCAUGUCUGUAAUAUGUCUUCAUCCUCACCCCAAAGAUUUGUAGAGGUAUCAUACAGAUAUGCAUGGUGCAGAAUGGCAGAUCCACAAAAUAAGAAUGGUAAUAGGCUAUAUUUGUCCUCUUCAGCAUGUGCUCUUGAUUGAUUAGGCAUCAAGAAACAUGCCACAAUUGCAAUAGUCAAAACGACAUGUGAGAAAGAGGGAUUGGUUGUUGGACUGGUGCUUCAAACCUACAAUGUUUCCGCAUUUGAAUAUUAAUCUGAUCUAUCAUUGUUAUCUAAACAAAGAAAGCUCUACUCCUGUUUUCUGUGGUCUGUAUAAUUUAUCAAAGGGGUGCAGGUUUAAAUCAAAUGGACAGUCCCAACUAGAGUAAACCAAAUCAAUGGGAACCUUGUAAGCCAAUACUAUAUUUACAUAACUUUUAUUGAUUCAAUAACUCUAGAUGGAAGUCACAACUGAAGUGAAGCCUUGGUCCAUAUAUAUAAAGCAGGAUCAGAAGGUUAAUGGAGGGCUUCUUGUAGAUCUUUGGGUGAUUUGGACAGGAGACACACCCAAUGAACAAUAAGAACAAGUGAACAGCUCUUCUGCUCCCAGUUAUGAAAAUGAAAAGUUUUAGGUGAAACCAGGAUAUGGUUUUUGUGUUAAGUUCUUGCAAUCUUUGUUUGGUAGUGAAAACCCAUUCAUGGGGCUUAAUAUGUGCUGAGGAACAUUCUAUCAAUUCCAAGGUCUCAUUCUUGUUGAUACUUCCAGGUAUUAAUCUAUUGAAUGGGUGGGAUUUACAAAAGUAUUGACUUGCCAUUCAGCAAUUGAACUAGACCUGUGAACUCUAGCUGGGACUAACAACUUGAAUUAGAAUUAAAUACAUAUCUGUCCCUUUUCACAGGACUGCAACCGGUAGCCCUUGGGAUUAAAAUCAAGUGAAGCAAAAGGUCUGCAGCCCCAAACAUGGCUAGUGCCCUCCAAGUCAGAGGAAUGGUAACACUUUCUCGGUGUUUAUGAACUAUCCAAGGUACUGAACCUAUUUUAUGAGGAUAUGAUUCAUUGAUUUAUUGCAUUGUUUGUUUAUUUGUUUGUUUGUUUUCUAUUGCUUCCUUUCUCCCUCUGUGGGACCCACCAUGUAGGUUCAACACCUUGGAUAACUCAAUUAAAAUCUAGAAUAAAAUCCAGAAUUGGCUCACUACAUCUGGUCAUCAGCUGGCCUUGUUUCCACCCCAGUAGAGAACAGAGGUUGUUCCAAAAAAUGACAAAAUAUGCAUGAUUUAUUUCAGCUUUGUGGGUUUUAUGUAGAUUUGCUCUACUUGAUAUUCCUUCAUUUAAAACAGACUUCAUUUAAAGCAGAUUUACAUAACGUUUGAUAGACCAAGGCAAAUUAACUCUCCUCUUGCAACCAUGCGCCAUGGUCUGCUUGAUCGAUGGCUCUCACCCUUUGGCUUCCCAGACAUUUUCAACUUCAAAUCUUGGAAACCACACAUCCAACACUACCAGGAAUUCUGGGAGUUGAUGUCCAAAACAUCUGGAUAGCCAAAGGAAGAGAACCACGGCAUUCAUGAAAGGAUGGAGGCCUGGAGCUUACUAGAUCUGGCUGGACCCAGCCUUCUUUUGUCUCAGCUAGACUGAACAAUGGUUGGGGUGCUGGGAAUCAGUCAACAACACUUGGAAGGCCACAGAUGUGCUCAGUCUUGCAUGAGAUAUUGGAGAAUUUUAGGUGCCUGCUGCAGUGGGACCGUAUCAUCAAGUGGGUGGUCAGAUUCCUUCAAGAUCCCCAUACGAUGCUUGUGUAUCCAGUUGUGUACAUCUAACAGAAUAUGCUUGAAACACUUGCUUUCACUUUCCUACUCAUAUGCACUAUUUAAAAUAUGAAAAAGGCAAGGAAAGGGAGGCAUGAAUGGAGGUUGCAAACAGAAAAAAAUCUAUUGUAAGUAACUCUGAACUGAUGGAACAAAGGCUCUGACUGCUCUAUGAAGAGAUGGCAUUAUUUUCACACAGAUACAAACUUGUGGAAAAGAAAAAAAACACCAUUAUUCAUAUCAACCAUUCAUUCUUAAAUAGCCAUAUUAGAAAAUAUUUAUUUUUCAAGUAGCAAAUGUACAUUUAAGAGUCAGGAUAUAAUCUCAGGUGAAUGGUGCAGAAAGCUGCACAAUGUUUCCAAACCUGUGGCAUGAAAAGCUGGAGGCUGUCCUAGUGAAGUCAAUGGUGAUUUCACACAGAGGGACCAAUGGACUAUCGACCUCAGUCACAAUGGGCAGAGUUCCAACCUUUUGGUGGAACUUACAGAGGAGAAAUUCCUAAAGGAUUGUGCCCCUAGCUUUUUCCAACCAUGGUUCAGUCGCAGAACAUUCUGUAUUUAAAGAUGUAGGAAACAGGGUCACAGCUCUGAGAUUGGAAUGUGAUCUGUACAAUGUAAUGUACAUGUAAAUAUUUUGUCUGAUUUGUUAAUCCCAAGAUGCAAUCCAGCCAAAAUCACUACUCCUUGAGUAUUCAAUGAGAAGCAUUUAAAGCCUGUUUCCUUUUCAAUUGCUUAUUCAAAGCAGCUGAAGGGAGUUUCAGAUUGGCUGGAAUGGAUAUCAAGUUACUUUUUUUUCUUCUUUUUAUUCCUUCUUGUAGAGAAAUUUCACCUACCGGUAGUUAUUGUAGUGUUUGAAACUUGUGGGGAUGGGGACAGGGAGGGGAUUUUACAAUGAUUCCUUUUGAAUCUUUAAACAAUGUUAUUGUUGGGUGUGGAUGUGCCUGCCACAUUGACUCAUGUGCCAAAACAUGAUAUUGAAUGCAUUGUUUUUAAAUAAAGUAUUUUAUUGUGCACUGGAAA